AGUCAGCCAGCUGGGCUGGCUUAGUCCAUACACGACCCGCCGACGGCCGAGAGCGCAGGGAGAACUACAUUUCCCAGUGGUAACAGGAACCACCAUGUUUUCCCGUGCUCCUCUGGGCCUGCGGCAGCCCGCGCCUGGGCGCUAUAGCAACGGUAGCUAGCUGAGAGCGAACGCGGAGAGAGGCCAUGUCUGGUCCAAGUGAUGAGACGGCAGGAGAUCUGCCAGUGAAAGACACAGGUCUGACCCUCUUUGGAGUCGGAGGGUUACAAGAAACUUCAACUGCACGAACAAGGAAGACUCGCCAGGCCGUGUCACGUGUCAGUCGUGAGGAACUGGAAGACAGAUUUCUGCGUUUGCAUGAUGAGAACAUUUUACUUAAACAGCAUGCCCGCAAGCAAGAGGAUAAAAUUAAAAGAAUGGCCACCAAGUUAAUACGGCUAGUUAAUGACAAGAAAAGAUAUGAGCGGGUUGGUGGCGGCCCCAAGCGGCUGGGACGAGAUGUAGAAAUGGAAGAAAUGAUUGAGCAGCUGCAAGAAAAAGUUCAUGAGCUUGAAAGACAAAAUGAAGUCCUCAAAAACAGGUUAAUAUCAGCCAAACAGCAACUCCAAGUCCAGGGGUACAAGCAGACUCCGCACAGUCGUGUGCAGGCUCGAGUUAACACUGGCCGCAGGCAAGCAAGCUCGAGUACAGGCUUCCAGGAAUGUCCCAAGAAAGGUAUAAGAUUCCAAAAUGUAGAUGAAGCAGAAACUGCACAGCCCACACUCACAAAAUAUGGCAAUAGUUUACUUGAAGAAGCCAAAGGAGAAAUAAGAAAUUUAGAAAAUGUUAUUCAGUCACAGAGAGGCCAGAUAGAAGAAUUAGAGCACAUGGCAGAGAUUCUGAAAACUCAGUUGAGGAGAAAAGAAAAUGAAAUUGAGUUGUCUCUUCUUCAACUUCGAGAACAGCAAGCUACAGAUCAAAGGUCAAAUAUCCGGGACAAUGUAGAAAUGAUUAAGCUUCAUAAGCAACUAGUGGAGAAGAGCAAUGCCCUUUCAGUCAUAGAAGGCAAAUUUAUUCAGCUUCAAGAGAAGCAGAGAACGCUCAGGAUCAGCCAUGAUGCCUUGAUGGCAAAUGGAGAUGAGCUAAACCAGCAGCUUAAGGAGCAGCGUUUGAAGUGCUGCAGUCUGGAGAAGCAGUUGCAUGCGGUGCGGUUUUCGGAAAGAAGAGUGGAGGAGCUGCAGGAUAGAAUUAAUGAUUUAGAAAAGGAGCGAGAACUUUUAAAGGAAAACUAUGAUAAACUUUAUAACAGCGCCUUCGGUGCUGCCCACGAAGAGCAGUGGAGGGUAAAGGAGCAGCAGAUGAAAGUGCAGAUCGCUCAGCUUGAAACUGCCUUAAAAUCGGACCUGACCGACAAAACCGCCGUCCUCGACAAACUAAAGACUGAGAGAGGACCCUUAAUAAACCAAAAUGAGAAGCUUGUGCAAGAGAACAGAGAGCUCCAGCACCAGUGUCUGCAGCAGAGGCAGCAGCUGGACGAGCUGAGAAGCCGCAUGAGGUUUUUCCACCAGGAGAGUGAUAUUAAUGCUGAUGACUUGAGUGAAGCUCUUCUGCUUAUCAAGGCUCAGAAAGAACAAAAAAAUGGAGACCUCUCAUUUUUAGAAAAAGUGGACAGCAAAAAUAAUAAAGAUCUAGAACAUUCCAUGAAAGAGCUGCAAGCAACUCAUGCAGAAACAGUACAAGAACUUGAAAAGACAAGAAAUAUGCUAAUUAUGCAACAUAAGAUCAAUAAAGAUUAUCAGAUAGAAGUUGAGGUGGUGACUCAGAAGAUGGAAAAUUUGCAGCAAGAUUAUGAACUCAAAGUGGAACAAUAUGUUCAUCUUCUUGAUAUCAGGGCUGCACGCAUCCAAAAGCUUGAAGCCCAGUUAAAGGAUAUUGCCUAUGGCACUAAGCAGUACAAAUGUAAACCAGAAAUCAUGCCGGACGACUCUGUUGAUGAAUUUGAUGCAGCCAUCCACCUGGAACGAGGAGAAAACCUAUUUGAAAUCCACAUCAACAAAGUCACCUUUUCUUCUGAAGUCCUGCAGGCAUCUGGUGACAAAGAGCCUGUCACUUUCUGUACCUAUGCUUUCUAUGACUUUGAACUGCAGACAACUCCCAUAGUUCAAGGCCUUCAUCCAGAAUAUAACUUCACUUCUCAGUAUCUUGUCCAUGUAAAUGACUUAUUUUUGCAGUAUAUUCAGAAGAACACUGUCACUCUGGAGCUUCACCAAGCCUACAGCACAGACUAUGAAACAAUUGCAGCAUGUCAGUUGAGAUUCCAUGAGAUUCUAGAAAAAAGCGGCCGAAUAUUUUGCACAGCAAGUUUAGUUGGAACUAAAGGAGACACCCCAGAUUUUGGCACAGUAGAAUACUGGUUCCGAUUAAGAGUUCCCAUGGACCAAGCAAUCCGACUUUAUCGAGAGCGGGCAAAGGCAUUAGGAUACAUAACAUCAAAUUUUAAGAAGCCAGAGAAAAUGCAGUUGUUGAGUCAGCAAGCACCCACAACUGCGCAGAUCAGUUCAACAGAUUCCACAGAUGGCAGCUUAAAUGAACUUCACAUUACAGUAAGAUCUUGCAGCAACCUACAGUCCCGAGUGAGCCACCUGCAGCCACACGCAUAUGUUGUGUACAAGUUUUUUGAUUUUCCAGACCAUGACACAGCCAUCAUUCCCAGUAGCAAUGAUCCGCAGUUUGAUGACCACAUGUGUUUCCCAGUGCCAAUGAAUAUGGAUUUGGAUCGAUACCUUAAGUCAGAGUCUCUGGGUUUUUAUGUGUUUGAUGAUAGUGAUACCCAGGAAAAUAUUUACAUAGGGAAAGUCAGUGUGCCUCUGAUCUCACUGGCACAUGACAGGUGUAUCUCAGGGAUAUUUGAGUUAAUGGAUAAUGAAAAGCAUUCUGCAGGAACCAUCCAAGUUAUAUUGAAAUGGAAAUUCACCUACCUUCCACCAAGUGGAUCAAUAACUACUGAAGACCUAGGAAAGUUCAUAUACAGAGAAGAGCCAGAGGUUGUUCAGAAACUACCUCCAACAUCUUCGGGUGUUACGUCAGUUGUAGCACCAAAACCUAAACCAAGACAGCGUUUAACACAUGUGGACAAAAAGGUCUCUUUUGUGGAUACCAUGCCGCACCUGAGUCCUGAGACUUCUCCUCCUCCUCCUCCUUCUAAGGAUAUAAAGGAUAAUUCUCCAGAAAUGGAACACAUACCAGAAACAGAAAAUACUAUACCAACAGUUACAUAUACUUCCAAGGAAAGUGUGGCUGAGGUAGAAAAACACGUAGAGAAAACGCAACAAGGAAAAGAAGAGGAUAUCUCUUUCCUCUCUGAGGGUCAGCUUGCAUCACAAAGUGUGGCUUCCUCUGAAGAUGACACAGAAGUAACAGAAGACCUGGAACCUGAAGAUGAGGACAGGUCAGCUUCUGACAGUGAUGACUGUAUCAUCUCAGGUUCUGUCUCCGAGGAUAGCAGACAGCCAUCAGAGGAAAUUCAGAUUGAGAUCAUAGCUCUGAGCCUUAAUGAUUCUCGAAUAACCAGGGAUGACACUAUCCAACGGCUGUUCAUUGAGUGUCGGUUCUACAGUCUUCCUGCUGAAGAGACACCUGUAUCACUGCCAAAACCCAAGAAUGGUCAGUGGGUCUACUAUAACUACACCAAUGUGAUCUACCUGGAUAAAGAAAACAACCCAGUGGAGAGAGACAUGUUAAAAGCCAUACUGCAAAGACAAGAGCUUCCUCACAGAAGGUACUUACAGCAAGUUCACAUAAAUGUGCGCUUCACCGUGGUCAGUGACCCUCCUGAGGAUGAACAGGACCUAGAGUGUGAGGACAUCGGUAUUGCUCAUGUUGACCUCAUUGAUGUGUUUCAGAAAGGGAGAGACAUCACCCAACAGGACAUUGAUGUUGUUGAUGCCCGAGCAGAUGGAGGGAGCAUCGGCAAGCUGAAGGUGACUGUGAAGGCACUCCGGGCCCUACGCUCUGUCUACGAGCAAUACAGAGAGGUCUUGGAGGCUUGAGAGAAGGCCUCCUACUUCUGAGAAAAUGCCACAUGAAAGCUCCAGGAUGAGAUUUUGAAUAAUCACUCUGGUGUAUGUAAUCUAUAAUUCAUGGGAGCUGAGGGGGAGUGCCUAGGCUUGAAUGUUCAAGUUUUGUUUAGGUUUUUUUUGUUUGUUUAUUUUUCUAUCCCUUCUUUCCCAUGACUGCCACCCCUUAGGACUUGAGUGCUCCUCAGUGGGCUACCUUCUCAAUAAUUUAUAUCAACAUGAUAGAAUGAAAUAUCUAUUUACAUUUGCAACAUUUUCUUACGAAGAACUGGGAGUAGUUUCCAUUUUUAUUUUUCAUAAGGAAAAGCUAAAUCUUAGGAAACCUAUGAAAAAGAAAUACUUUUUAUGUUAUCCCUAAUCAUCCCACUAAAUGGAAAGCCACUGAUUAGCCUCAUUAAGACUUUUAUACUGUGAAGAUUUUAUUAGAAGCAAUAUAUGAAAAUUACUUGGAUUAAUGUGUUAAUCUUCUUCUUUAAAAUGCUAAUAUCCACUUUAUGCACAUUAAAGCUCAGUAUGCAUUUUCUUUGA